AUGUUUGUAGAUGCUACCUACAAAUUAAAUAAUUAUGGAAUGCCUUUAUUCAUCACUUUGGUUGUUGAUGGUAAUGGUGAGUCACAAAUCGUAUCACUUUGGCUUGUACAAAGUGGGAGCUAUAAGUGUGUCAAAACGAUGUGUGAUUAUAUGAAAUUCCAUAAUAAUAACUUGGAAGAUCUGGAGGUUAUUGUUGCAGAUAAAGAUAUGGCAGAUAGACAUGCCUUUUAUGAUAGUUUUCCUGGGCCGAGCAUACAUAUCUGUAUAUUUCAUGCUCUUAGAAUAUUUAAGAGAGAAAUUACAGUGGAUAAAAGAAAUAUAACCUCAUCUGAGGUUAAGAUAGUACUGGAUAUAUUACAAAAAAUAGUCUAUAGCAAGACAGAGGAUAUAUACAAUGAUCUACAUUCAAAACUUAUUGAAUUAGACAUGCCUCUAGUGUCAUUAUAUUUUAAUAUUAAUUGGCAUCAUAUCCGGAAAAAAUGGAUGAUAUACUGGAGAAAUGAGUCACCACAUCUCCUCAAUCUAACCAAUAACCGGCUUGAAUCAUUAAAUCAAAAGAUAAAAAGAGUCGUUAACAAAUAUUCACCAUUAAACGACCUUUUUUCAGAUUUAUCAACAGUGGUUGGUUCCCAGGCAUAUGAAAGGCAAUUUAGAAAUAUAAUGAGUGUAGAGAGGCAACAGAUUGUAGCAUACGCAUCAUAUACCCCGGAGCAUGCAUAA